AAAGAACCUAAUAUCGGGGGCGGGCGGUGGGGGGAGUUCAUCCAGCUGCCGUCCCACAAGGAGCUGCCUGAGUACUACGAGCUCAUCCGCAAGCCUGUGGACUUCAAGAAGAUAAAGGAGCGUAUCUGCAACCACAAGUACCGCAGCCUCAACGACCUGGAGAAGGAUGUGAUGCUGCUGUGUCAGAAUGCACAGACCUUCAACCUGGAGGGCUCCCUGAUCUAUGAAGACUCCAUCAUCCUGCAGUCGGUCUUCACCAGCGUGCGGCAGAAGAUAGAGAAGGAGGACGACAGUGAAGGGGAGGAGAGCGAGGAGGAGGAGGAGGGCGAGGAGGAAGGCUCCGAGUCAGAGUCUUGCUCAGUCAAAGUGAAGAUCAAGCUCGGCCGGAAGGAGAAGGCCCAGGAUCGUCUCAAGGGGGGCCGGCGGCGGCCGAGCCGUGGGUCCAGGGCCAAGCCGGUGGUGAGCGACGAUGACAGCGAGGAGGAGCAGGAGGAGGACCGCUCAGGAAGUGGCAGCGAGGAAGACUGAGUCCCGACAUUCCAGAGUCUCGACCCCGAGCCCCUCGUUCCAGAGCCGAGACGGUGUUAGCCCUUAGCAGUAACGGGUAGCAGCAGAUGUAGUUUCAGACUUGGGAUAAAAACUGUAUAAACGAGAAUCUUCCAUAUUUAUACGGCAGAGAAGAUGUAGGACUGUCUGUGUCUGGCCCUGUCCUGGCAUCAGUAGCGUUUGUAACAGCAUUAACUGUUUAAAACGAGAAAAAAGGAGAAAAAAAAAAAAGAAUUAUGAAUUGGGGAACACAUGACACCUGUUUUUCUUUUCUUUCCCUGGCAGUACUGUUCGGCCGCAGUUUGGAAUCACUGUAGUUUAAAGCUGUGGAUGCAUGUGUGUAGCCGUCCACUCCUCGUACUGUAUUUUAUUGGACAGGUCAGACUCGCCGGGG